AUGCUCAAGAACCUUCUCCUUCUUGGUCUGGCGACUUUUGUCGUUGGUCAAUCUGAUGACGAUGACAUCCCUACUGGUGCCAGCGUCACCGACGAUGAGAUGGGCCCGGCGGCCUUCAUGUGGCCGGCUGACAGAGUCUGGGCUGGCGAUGUGGACAAUAAGGCUCCUUGUGGUUCCCGCGCUUCAGCUGGAAACAGAACCGAGUUUCCUCUGAAGGGCGGUGCUGUUUCACUUGUUGCUCAGGAUGAUUACUACGAUGCGAAGAUCAGCAUCUCUUACUCGGACGACCCUUCUUCUAACGAUGACUUUGAAACCUUGAUUCAGGAAAAGUCUAUCGCCGAUCUGAACCCAGGCCAUACCUGCGUCCAGCUGCCCGACGCGCCAUCCAAGGUCUCAGCCGGCGACAACGCUACGCUGCAAAUCAUCUACCGCGCCGACUGGGAUGCUCCUCACAACCAGACCUUCUACGCCUGCGCGGAUAUCACCUAUGUGUCGGAGGCCGACUUCAACUUUGAAAUCCCCUGCUUCAACGCCACCGAGCCCGGUGACGAUGAUAAGGAGGCUGGCGCUACUGCUUCUGGCAGCCCGACUGCCACUCACCUGUCGACCAAGGAGACUUCCGAGGCUUCUGAAGAUGACAAGGACGAGAAGUCGUCUGGUGGUUCCAAGGGACUCAGCGGCGGUGCCAUUGCGGGUAUCGUCGUCGGUUCAGUUGUUGGUGCCCUGGCCAUCCUCGGCGCGGGUCUGUUCCUCUGGCGCCGAAAGCAGCAGCAGGAGAGAAACGAGCGCAUUGCUCGCAUGGAGGAUAACGCUCGUAAGCACCAGUUGGCGACGGACAGCAUCCGCUCCUCCCAGGCUUAA